AUGCCUCGUGUCCGGGCGAGUGCCGCGAAUCCAUCAUAUGCCGAAUCACCGGUCAAACGAGUCCGAGUCCAAAUCCCACUCAACGACGACGAUGACGAGAAAGCGCAAAGGCUGCAGUCACGCAAACAAUUGGCGGCGAAACAAGCCGAUCAGCUGAAAGCUGCUGCCUCGCCCGUGCGGAAACGGAAGUCGUUGGGUGGCGAUGGACCGCUCACUCCAAGUCAAGAUGACGGUGGCGGACAGUAUGGUGUUGGUGUUGGUGUCGUCGGCAACGCGGUCACGCCCAUGAAACGCGUGCCCAUCUUGGCGAACUUCGAGGAGUGGAUGAAGAUGGCGACGGAUAACAAGAUCAAUGCGGCGAAUAGUUGGAAUUUCGCCCUAAUUGACUAUUUCCAUGAUAUGAGUCUGUUGCGGGAGGGGGAUGGGGUGAAUUUCCAAAAGGCGAGUUGUACGCUUGAUGGGUGUGUGAAGAUUUAUACGAGUCGCGUGGAUAGUGUGGCCACGGAGACGGGGAGGUUGUUGAGUGGCUUGGCGGAUAGUGGGGGGAGGAAGAAGGGGAGGGGUGCGGAGGGUGAUGAUGGGGAGGGAGAGGGUGAGGAGGAGGAUGGGGAGGAGGAUGGGGAGGGGAAGAAGAAGACGCGGAAGAAGGCUAGUAGGUCUGCUGAGGCGACGUUGGUAAACCAUUUUGAUCAGUUGAGGUUGAAGAAGAUGGAGCUGGAGUUUUCCGUUGAUCCAUUGUUCAAGAAAGCGGCCGCGGAUUUCGAUGAAGGUGGUCCGAAGGGUUUGCUGAUGAACCACUUGGCUAUUGACUCUACUGGUCGCAUCGUCUUCGAUAGUAGCGAUGAUGUGCAGGAGACUGAGGAGGAGAGUAGACGGGACAGUAUGGAGCCUGAGGGUGAGGAGGCAAUGGCGGAGGAAGAAGUGCUGAAAGAUGGGCCGGUGGAUGUGACUGGGUUGGGAGCAAGAUUCUUCCCUGAUCUCGCACGGCUGGACGAACAGGACAUCUGUCCCUCCCUCAAGACGUUCGAACUGGGCGCAGGCGAUGGCUCACCGGAUCUACCUUUCCUCAAAGCACCCGAGAAUUGGCGAGACGAACACCCAGAGACUCUGAACAACGACAACCCUGACAUGCCCAUCCACGACGACGUACCCGGCUACGUGGAUGACGACGAUGACUUAGGCGCCGGCGAAUUCGACCUCCCACCCACAACGGGCUUUGGCGAAGGCGGCGAAGCCUGGGCUCGUGAUGCUGCCUUAGCACCCCAAAUGCGCGUCCACGAUGCCCUAGCAGGAGCAGAAGGCGGCGCCGACGACCACGGAGGCGAAGUCGGCACCUUCGACACGAACAAUGCAACCUACGGCGUGACACUCCAACACCGCACGGGCACCGAAAAGGAACAAGAAAACAUCCUGAAUUACUUCGACACGGCUUUACAUCAAAAUUGGGCGGGGCCCGAACACUGGAAAAUCGGCCGGAUAAAGGAAGCGAGGAAAGCAGCCUCUGCUCCACCUCGAGUCCGGAAGGAAAAGGAACCGUUUGAGAUUGAUUUCGAGGCUGAGAUGGGUGCCGAGUUGGCAAGUCUGUUGUAUACGAAGGCGAGUAGCGCGAGUCAGAUUACGCUGCCGAGGAAUCAGUGGAGGAGUAGGGGCCAGAAUUUGUUGCCGGAUGAUAAACAUUUCCAUUCGGAGGAUUUGUUGCGAUUAUUCCUCAAGCCGAAGGCGAAGAUUGGUUCACGCAGGGCCGGGGGGGUUGGGAGGAGGGAUCAGGAUGGCGAGGUCGAUGAGGUGUAUUGGGCGCAGCAGGCGGGUGGGGUUGGUGUAGGCGGGCCGGUGGCGAGACAUCCUAUGGAUGACGAUGACGUGGUGGGAGGUGUGCACGGGAAUUACGAUGCCGAUUUCUUCGCUGACGAUAAUCUUCCUUUACCUGGCGGUGGAGCGGAUAUGGCUGACGAGGACUCCUUUGCCGAUGCCCGGGAGCAUUUCUCGCCUGGUCUGGACGAUAUGGGGAUGGCUGCUGGGGAUGCGGGACCGCAGGGGGCGGGGAUCGAUGAUGUGGUUGCUGGUGGUGGGUCUGCCCCGCAAGGGGUGGAUGGUGGCGGUGGUGCGUUUGGUGCGCAGCUGGUCACGCAGUCCAGGCGUUUGAGGCCGGAGUAUGUGCAGUAUGCGCGCGUGGCGAAGAAGGUGGAUGUGCGGCGGUUGAAGGAGAAUAUGUGGUUGGGGAUUGGGUUCGAGGACAAAUCACAGCCUAUCCCCACCACCCCAUCAGCCCGCCAACACCAACAUCUCCCCCCCGUCCUCCCACAAUCCGACUCCGGGACGUUGAAUUUCACGAGUAUUAUGAAUAACCUCCAGCAUGUCUACCCGAAGCAACAAAUGCAGGAUAUUUCGACGAGUUAUGGGUUUAUUUGCUUGUUGCAUUUGGCGAAUGAGAAGGGGUUGGUGGUGGAGAAUGUAGAUGGGUGGAGCGAUUUGACUGUGAGGCGGGACGAGAGUGCGGUGGAUUUGGAGGUUGGGGCGCAUUGA